AAGUAUAGCCCGAGACGGCGGAUCUGAGUGUUUCACGCGUCUUUAAAUAGAACCUUACCCUUCACCAUCAUUUUCUCAACCGCAAUUGGUUUUAUUCUUCUUCUUCUUCUUCUCUCUCUCUCAUCGUUUAGCGAUACGAAUCGAGAAAAAAAAAAUUAGGGUUAUCUUCUUCUCUCCGUCUAUAGCUAUCGAUUUCGAUUUGAUUUCGCGCCACAAAGAAGAAGGUUCAUUAGGCGCGAAUCUGAAACCUAGGUUCGAUUAGUCCUGUCCGAAUUUACUGUCCGUUGUCUUGUCCGUUAAUCGAUUCGAUCUGAGAAAGAAAGAGAGAAACAAAAAACGAUGUCGCGUUAUUUCACAUCUCCACCGCCUGUGUAUGCGAGGAACUGGGCGAACGGUCAGAACUUGGUCGAAUCGACUAAGAUCGAAAGACAAAUAGUCGAUUCUAAAAAGGUGCAUCGGAAAGAGAAGAAGGAGAAAAAGAAAUUAAAGGAAGUGAAGAAAUCUCUUGAACAGCAGUAUUCCCCAACCAAGACAGUCUCUGAUGAAUCAGAACAGCUUGAGAAGAGUUGUUUGACGGAAGAACAUGAGCUACUUCACUCUGUUGGAUAUUUGUCUGAUGGUAGCCAGAACAGUAAGAAGAGGAUAAGGGAAACUUCUCCUGCUGUUGUUGAGAGUCAAAUCAAAGCUACACCUGUAGCUGGUAAACCACUACGCAUUCGUUUUGUCUUCAAGAAACCGAAAGAAGCUUCUGAGGUUGUACCUCAAGAAGAGGAUCGUGUUUGUUCCACUUCAGGGACUGAGAGACCCAGUGAAAUACCAAGUUCUGUCUCUCUUCCAAAAACCUGUGAUCAUGAUGAGAAUAUACUCUCAUCUUCUCUUGAGAGUGACAAGAUUGCAAUUCUUUCUGAAUCAAAGAAGAGAAAGAAACAUAAGCCAAGCAGAGAAUCUCGGUACAAUUCAUUGUUUGAUGAAUGGGUACCUCCUUGCAAUUCGUUGGAGGAAGAUGAUAGCAACAGUGAUGACUGGCUUUUUGGAACAAGUCGGAAAGAAAAUGUUUCUUCAGCCAAGUCUUCUAAUAAGACUGAUGAAGACAUGAUCAUGAGCAUGCAGACUUCAGCGGAUUGUUCCUCUUAUCCUAGAGCUCUGUUAUUGUCUGGAGUCGGAAUUUUUUCAUUACCAUAUACAGUCCCGUUUUAGGUCCCAUAUUGUUUUGUUCUUUCUCAACUUAGCCUUAGGCCUUAGCUUGUACAGUACUCAAUUGUAACAACCACAGUGAUCUAUAAUACUUGUUGUAUGAUCUCUGUAUUUUUGACCUUAAUCAUAAAUUAUGGUUUCCACGUACUAAA